AUGACUAAGAUGAUGGCAACAAAGAUGGCAAGAAUGAUGACAAAGAUGAUAAAGACGAUGAAAAAGAAGGCAAAAAAACAUGACAAAGAUGACAGAAAAGACAAAAAGAUGAAAGAAAUUAUGACAAAGAUAGACCAUGACAAAGAUGAUGACAAAGACAAAUACAAAGACAACAAAGGCAAUGACAAAAACAAUGACAAAGAUGAAAAGAAAGGCAAAGACAACACAGCUGAUGACAAAGAUGACUACAAAGCAAAUGACAAAGAUGUUGACAAAGUUGAAUACAAAGAUGAGAAAGGCAAUGUCAAAGACAAAGACAAAGAUGAAAAGAAAGAUGACUACAACAAUGUUGAUGACAAAGACAAAAAAGACUAA